AUGGACCUGGCUAGCCGACCUGUUCUCAAUCAUGAUCAAUCAUACCGCGCUGAUGCAGGAUCAGAUUACUUCUCUCAUAACCAUCCGACUGUUCAGCGAUGUCAGUCAGCCAAGCAACUCAUCGACAGAUACGAGUCCAUUUUACAGGAACCAUCAACUGCUCGUAGGCCACCAAGCGCAGCCCGUUUUCAUGGUGUAUCGUCGUCUCGCUCCAUUGGCAAGGGUAAGAGAAGGUCUUUGAGUGCCUCGUUGCGCAAUUUCCUGUCCGUCUUCCAGAAGGGAAGGAAAGGAAAGGACGGAGAUGAUCAAGAAGAAGACAUUCCUACAGUUGUGGUCGACGCACCGAGCAUGGCUCAGAUCCCUUCAAUGUACACUGAGAGCGCUCCCCUUCCUCGUGAUACAGGUAGCAUGACCCUUUCAGCGGGUAAAGUCUCUGCACGUCACUCCGGUGCGCUGUUAUAUCUUUCCAUGCCAUCGUCUUCCACUACUUCGCCUAUCCUGCCCACCUGGACAUCCUGCGAUGUCACCUUGCAUACCCUGCAUAUACUCAUAACAUGGUAUACUACUCACGGCAAUCCUCCGACUCAUGUCCUUCCACUAGAUGGCUGCACCGACGUCCGUUCUAUUUCUAUGAACCGACUGGAUCCUGAUGAGAAGGCUCUUCUUCCGACCUCAACAGACCAGUCUGAGCCAAAGGUGUUCGAGCUUUUGUUCGAGGGCCGCCGAAGAGAAAAAUUUGCGGCAUCAUCGAGUCAAGAACGGGCACGAUGGGUCAGCGCCAUAUGGGAUACGUUACUUCAAAGGCAGUCGCAGGGAACAACACGAGUACAGGCGUUAACGAUACGGACAAAUUUGGAGCGUAAAGGUCAAGAAUACUUGCAGCCUCCGUCAGCAUCAGAGUAUCCUUCCUCCGAAUACACUUCGUCCAGUGGUGUUGAAUCCGAGACCUCGCUGACGACGGAGCAGUCUCUCCCUCCGACACCAAGCAGCAAAUCACCUCUGUCCACUCAGUCUCCGGCUCGUUUCAGUCUACAUGAUUCGCCACGGAAUCGUUCUCCCAUGUCUCUCUUGCCUCCGCGACCUCCGUCACAAAUAUCACCAUGGAGUCCUAGUCCCAAAAGUCCCUCAAUUGCCAAACUUGGAAAUCUUUCCGUCGUCACACAACGGUUGGCACAGAUUGAUCAAACGAGCUCCCCAGGAUCAGCAAGUAGUGAUUCUAUCAUGCCGCACUUACAGGGUGCUCAGACCAUCCGGCCCAUGCGUGCUCGCCGGGCGUUUGCGGAAAUUCAUAAGAUCAAAGACGAAAGCUUUUCGAGCGACUCACCGUUGAGCAGUGGUGGACCCAGCCCGCAACCGAGAUCGCCGACAUCGAUCGAGACAUACUCUUCGCGGUCAAGAAGUGCUUUCGCUCGUAGUGGGACAUCUCUAACGCCUGCUCCGACUCUUCCUGAGACACUGCGAGUUCUCGUGGAAGGUUUACCGAUUCAAUCUCCCUCGCCAUCUACAGUAGAUAAGGAUCUGCAGGUGGUGCCCAUUACGGACUCGAUCAAAGAGGCCGCAGCAAUGACUUUAGAUCAAACGAUAGGUAUUAGCGAACAAAUAGCUGUGUUACAACACGAUAUUCGACACCUUCCCAGUGAGCUGGCACCCUUGUUGGCUGACACCACACGUCAGUCUUCUACCGAAGCUAAGGAGGCUAUCACUUCUGCGAUACAAGCAUUGGUUGCCAGGGUAGAGGAGAUUCAGCAGCAGGGCUCCUCCAGCACUGUCCAGCUGCAGGGAAACUCCAUUCUGAAGAUCCUGGACGUCAUUCAGACGCAGUUGAAAUCGAGUCUUCCUCGCGUUCUCGAAAAACUCGAUACGAUCCAUGACAAUCAAGAGCGAGAGAUGUCGACGUCACACGCGAACAUCACCAUGAAGAAUCUGAGGCCUCCUUUUUCUACACCGACUUCACCGGCGGAUGGUUCCAAAGCCUGUCUGAACGUGGAUCUCUCGGAUAUAUAUGCGAAGAUGAAUGAGCUCGCCUUACUUUACAAGACUGGUAAUACCCCGUCGAGCACCACUGUAGGAAGCCCUCGAAAAAAUGGAGAACCCCCAGAGAAGCUAGCGCAUGACCUAUUAGACGACAAGGUUCGUUUAUUCUCAAUCACGCGGUUUCAUUGGCUGAACUUUCACAAGCUGAAAGCCGUCCUGGAUUACCUGAAUGUGGAUGAAGAACAAAAAAAAGUGCAGCUCGAACAGCAGGCCGAUAGUGUCCGCUACCUGAACGAACUAAAUUCGUGGCUGGACGCGUUUGUCAGCACAGGCACCACGCAGAUACAGGUUGUCGCAACUGGUGUUGAACAAAUUUGUAAACAACUAGGUAUCAGCACAUCCGAAGAGCUUUCAAGCACCAACUUGAGUGGACAGGUGCAACAACUGCUGGAGGCGGCGCGGAGUCAAGUGCACAAUGAAGAAGACUUGCGAUCAACAGUCCACGAGUUGAUCCAGGUCGUUCAAGAACAUCUCACUCAUGGAGAUGAGCGACGCAAAGCACUUGAACUGACGGAGGAGAUCCGAGGGGAACGACUGCGUUUCGUGGAAGCGAUGAAAGAGGCCACAGCAAUUAAUGUACAAGGCGCGUUUUCCCUUUCUCACGUUGAACAUUUCAAGGCUGAAUUGGGUCGUGAAGUCGCAGUAAUGACACAAGAUGUUGGGAGGCUGCACAAAGAGAAGCAAGCGAUCGAACAGCAAAUUGCGGACCUAUUCGCAUUCUACUCUAAGCAAAAGCAGGAAUCCGAGGUGUGUCCCGUCGAUCUCCUUUUGGCUUGA